AUGCCACCAACGUCAAAUAGUCUCCUAACAUAUCGCUAUAACACGACUCGUGCGUGUGAUUUUUGCAGAAGCUCAAAAAGCAGAUGUAAAAAAGUACAUAUCGAUCAACCUAAAUGCAUUAAAUGUGCAGAGCGCAAUCGUGCGUGCACUUAUCUUUUUCAACCUCAAAAACGUGGACCCAGGCAUAGUGAAAAACCUCCAAAGAAUAUAAACCCCUCUACAUCUCUACCUACACCUUCUCCUACACCUCCUUCUCCACCUACACCUCCUCUUCCACAUAGGUCUCCUUUUACACCUCUUUCCAAUGUGUUUGUUAAUUAUGAAGAGUUGUAUGAGUUGAUUCAAGAUUUAUCUCAGGAAGGAAUAAAUCCCAAUGUUAAUGUUCGUGAUUCAAUUCAGGAAGAAAACAAUAUCCUUGAUAUCAUGUUUGCCGAGGAACAAUCGUCUUUUAUAUUCAAUACACUCACUUCCACUUCAGAAUCUCCAUGUCCAUAUAAAAAUGCUGCAGAUCAUUAUUGUCAUGAAGGGUGUAUUUUAAGGUAUUAA